AAUCAUGCCUUGGCAGCCCAGCCCUACAGGGCUAGGCUUGGCCCCUUAAACUUGGCCCAAUGGACAAGCUUGGACUUGAAAUCUCCGCCAGUUUUGGGCUAGUUGGGCCAAGGGUGAUGAUGAAUGGCCCACCUGGCUUGUUGGCAUAGUGCAAUACUCAAGUAGUAAAAGGUUGGUUGAUUUGAUGUGAGGGUCCCAUUCAGUUUUCAUAUGUAGCCCGACCCAUUGCCACCCCUAAUGAGACUCGACCAGCCAGCAUGAGUGUAGCCUAUUUUGAACCAUGUUUGUGCAGUGGAGUCUCAGGGUCCAAGUGUUAGGCUUGGGCAUAAGUUCUAGGUCUACCAUUGGGCUGGACCUGGGCGUAAACUAUCUAAAGCCGGACAUCUUGGUUUUCACCCAAUAACAUUGGAGAACUGAGAAUACUGAUAGUGGGCCAUCACGGCCCAACCCGAGCCCACAAAGGUAAAUGUGUCAGAGUUUCGGGUCCAUGAAAGGUGAGAGCGUCGGGCCCACCAUGUAUGUUGCAUGAAUGUACCCUGGCCGAAACCGUCCGAUAAGGUGGACCACGAAUCGAGUAAAAUGAAAUGACCUCAUUUUUACGUUAGGCUCAUAGACGAGAAGAGCUGCCUGAUGAACAGAUCAGAUCUCACACACGCACACCAAGCUGGCACAUGUGCGCGAUCUCGAGACAGAGAAGCAGCAAGAACAUAACCAACUCCCUUGGUAUGAAUAUCGAACAAGAAGCGAAAAGGCGCGAGAAAUCAAGAAGAGAGAGAGAGAGAGAGAGAGAGAGAGAGAGAGAGAGAGAGAGAUGGGAAGAGCGAAGAGGCAGGUGACGCUGGAAGAGUAUGUGAAUUUCCACGAAAAUCCCCAACAUCCCAAUCUCACCAUCAAAUGCCUCCUUCAGAUCAUCCGAAUGCACGGUUUCAUCAAACUACACAACCGUCCCAAGAAAGAUAUCCUGGACGCGUUGAACUCAAUCGAUAUGCUGAUACCACCCCUACGAUCGACACUGAACGAGAACAUCUCUUCCAACGCGUACCUCUCGCUCGAUCAGGUGAACAAAGAUCUUGCCGCGCUGGAAUGGCAGGAGUGCCCUGUCCAGUCAGUCGCGACAAUGGAAUGGGUGGAGGAGAAUCAGUUAGCCAGCGACCAGGACCAUCUCCAGAUCAUCUGCGGACAGCCUGCGACGAGAAAUGCAUUGGCUGCUUCAACUCCUGUUAGGAAGCUGAGAUCGAAGCGCAGGAAGCGGAAUUUCGUAAAAACAGAAACCGGUGUUUCUACUUCUGCUGCUGCUGUCUUUGAUGAUGAUUCUGCUCCUCUGCCUUCGUCUUGGCUGUCUCUUGGAUUUUUCUAAGGAAAGAGGAUAAUUGCUGAUUUUUCUUUUUUCUUCUUUUUCAAUGACUGAUAUUCUUUCUUCUUCUUGAAUCUUGAUCUUCAUUUACUGUUUUUUUUCCCUCUUCCUUUGGGUCGAGGAAGAGAGGUGGAAUUUUGCCGUGGUUGUGCCGUGAUUUCUUUUGUAAACGAGGGGUGUUUUCGUCUUUUUCGUUAACCAUGACAGUGCUGUUGCGUUGCUUCCCUUCUUCUCGCAAUGGAUUUUCUUUCUCCAUUCUCUCUCGUUUUAGUUUGUCGGGGAUCUCUU